AUUGCAUCACUAGCGGUGGUUUCUCCCCCAAGAAAGCACUGACGAAAUCCCUAAUCCCCGGUUUUUAUAAAUGAUAUCCCUUCAUCAUCUUCUACAGAUCGCCAAGCUCUCAGUUCAGAUCGAAGAAAAUGGAAUACUCAUUGGAGGCUCCCAGUUUCCGGAUCUCUGUCGGAGCAUCGGCAGAGCUGUUGAUGGAGACUGCAGAGAUCGCCGGAAAUGACGAUUUCUUGUUGGAUGAUUUCGAAUUCACCUUUACGUUGAUCGGAUCGGACUCCGACGCCGCCGCAGAAGCAAAUGUCGACGAGAUGUUCAACGAUGGUCGGAUACACCCCGUUUACCCUAUAUUUAACGGAGAGCUCGGCUUGAAGCCUGCAGGAGAGGAGAAAUUGGAGGGGGGAAUUGGGGCCCUGGCAAUGGAUUUUGAGAAGCGAGGUCGGCGAUCGAGAUUGAAAUCAUCGGCUUCGUUGAGUUCAUCAGAAGCCAAGGAACUAGAAACUGCGGAUUACUGCGUUUGGAAGAGUAAUUCGACGGGGAGAUUGAGGCUCCGGGAUAUUGUGCUGGGUCGUAGCCGGAGUGAAGGGGAUAAGCUUCUCUUAGAUGCAGCAUCGGGGGAGGAGAGAAUGGCGAACAGCUGCUUUGCUCUCUUUAGCUCUAACCCUAAAUCGGCGGCGAAGAAGGUGGGGAAGAGGGGGAAGAGGGGGAAAGAGAAUCCCGGGGCGGUGAAAGAGUUGGAUAUCGCCACCGCUCACCGGAUCUACUACGGCGGGGGAAUCUCCGGCGGAGGACCAAUGGAGAUCGCCGGCUCACGGCGGAGUUUCUUGCCGUAUCG